AUGGCGUCAACCAAAUAUUUUGCUUCUCAGCCCGCUUUCCCAAAUGACUUGCAGCCCAUAGCCCAGAUAGCGACAGUUUCUCUGCCCAGGUUGGUCGCGGGCGAUGCGAGAGAGGCUGAGGCGAUGCUUCAGGCUUGUCGCACACUGGGAUUCUUUCUGCUAGAUCUAACAGGUGAUCCGAUCGGAGAAACAAUGAUCGCUGAGGUUGAUACUGUGUUUGAUAUUGUACGCCAGACUAUGGAGUUGAGCAUGGACGAGAAGAACAAGUUCGCCCAUGAUCCUCCUCGGGAUUUCCGGGGCUACAAAGCACAAGGCGUCAUGAAAACCGAAACCGGCGCUCCAGAUCGUUGUGAGUUUUACAAUGUCUCGCAGGAUGAUCUGCUCGGUCAAAGCAGCGCACCACGAACCAAUCCAGACCCUAUUACUGCGCAUAUCCACCUCCUUCACUCAUACCUAGAACAUGGUCAGUUUGUUCUAACGCACAUCUUACGAGCACUGGAAAGUCAGCUCGAAUUACCGCCCGACACAUUCCGAGACCUUCAGGCACCCAAUCGCGCAUCUGGAACCAUUCUGCGCCUUAUUCGAUAUGCGCCUAGUAUUACCUCGGCGGAUAUGCGAACUGGUCUGCUCCCGCACACGGAUUUUGGCAGCGUUACCUUGUUGGCGAAUGUGCUUGGUGGGCUUCAAGUGCUACUACCGGAUUCUGAUUCCGAGGACGAGACCUCCUGGCAGUGGGUUCGACCUCAACCUGGUUGUCUGAUUGUAAAUAUGGGCGAUGCUAUGGUCGAGUGGACGGGAGGCGUGCUGAGAUCAAAUAUGCACCGCGUCAAUUAUGCUCCAGGUGACCAGCGCUACAUUGACCGUUGUGCCAUCGCCAUGCUGGUGAGGCCAUACAAAGAGGCUCCCAUGAGUCGUCUACAAGGGGGCCGCAUUCCAACGUUAGAAGAUGAUCAAUAUGAAGAGAUCGAGAUCACAGAUGAUAACACUAACUCCGUUGGAAAUUUGACUGCGUACGAGUGGGAGCUCAAAAAAGCCAUGAGUCUAAAGGAAGGAACUGAUUGUGCUCGGAGCCGAGGCAGUAGACAACUUAAGCCCAAGCUGCUGGCAGUUUGA